GUUUGCUUGCUGGCAGAUCUCUCUCUCUCUCUCUCUCUCUCUCUCUCUCUCUCUGUAUUUGCUGCCACUGAGUGAGUGUGUUAGAAACUGGACAUCAUGGUUCUCAUGUGUGUACGUAUGAUAAGUGAAUGAGAGUAUCAGAGAUAGUGUCCUCAUCUCCUGUGCAUGAGGGUGCUGGAUUGAUUUAAAGGACCAUGGGGAACGCUUCAGGCGGCAUGGACGUGUCGCCCAGCCGGGAUGGGAAAGGGCCUCAAAACUCUUUCAGUUUCGCUGGCUUGAAACAACCUCCUGGACCUAAAGUGCCCCUGCCUCCAGAUGAGGAGCUGGAAGAGAGGUUCAGCUCAGUCCUGAACUCCAUGAAUCUGCCUCCUGAUAAGGUGAAACUGCUCCUUCAAUAUGACAACGAGAAGAAGUGGGAGUUGGUCUGUGACCAGGAGCGCUUUCAGGUAAAGAGCCCACCAUCAACCUACAUACAGAAACUCAAGAGCAUUUUAGAGCAAGGAGGCAGCAAAAAGUUCAAGAGGCGUGUGCAAGAGGCAACCCAAGUCUUAAGAGAGCUGGAAAUAUCCUUAAGGACUAAUCACAUUGGCUGGGCUCAAGAAUUUCUCAACGAUGAGAACAAGGGGUUGGACGUUCUAGUCGAAUACCUUUCCUUCGCCCAGAGCUCUGUGCCGUAUGACCUGGACGGCACGGACAACGGGGGCUUGGAAGAGAAAUCGACGGAAGAUGGGACGACGAGUUCCACUAACUCCCCCACCCACUAUUCCUCACACACCAUCCGUUCCAACCCAGCACGACUGAACUCUUUCCACAACAGGAAGGCCCUGAGGAACUCUCGCCUGCUCAGUCAGAACGAUCACCUGCACCUCUGUAUCAUGUGCCUCCGGGCCAUCAUGAACUACCAGUCGGGGUUUAAUCAGGUGAUGAGCCACCCGAACUGUGUCAAUGAGAUCACACUGAGCCUCAACAAUAACAAUCACAGAACUAAAGCUUUGGUCCUGGAGCUGCUGGCUGCCGUGUGUUUCGUCCGAGGAGGUCACGAGAUCAUCCUGGCAGCUUUCAACAACUUUAAAGAGGUAUGCGGAGAGAAGAGCCGCUUCGAAAAGCUGAUGGCCUACUUCUGUAGCGAGGACAGAAGCAUGGACUUCAUGGUGGCGUGCAUGCAGUUUAUCAAUAUUGUAGUGCAUUCUGUAGAAAACAUGAACUUCAGAGUUCAUCUGCAGUACGAGUUCACACAGCUGGGCCUGGACGAUUACCUGGAGACAUUAAAAGAGAGUGAGAAUGAGAGGUUGCAGGUCCAGGUUCUGGCGUACUUGGAUAACUUGUUCGACGUCGGAGUGCUGCUGGAGGACGCAGAGGCCAAAAACACCUUGCUGGAGCACCUAGAGGAACUCCAGCAGAACAACACUGAGUUGAGCAGCAGGCUGCAGGAGUGUGAGAAUGAAGCUAUGGAGAAAGUGUCAGACCUGGAGAAACAGCUUAUAAACACCACUAAAGAAAUGGACCUUCUGAAGGAAAAUCUCCGGGAAUCCUGCGCGCAGCUCUCCACCCUGCAGCAGCAGGAGCAAGAGCGAGAGAUGUCCAGAGAGCAGGAGAGGGAGAGAGAGAGGGAGCGAGAGCGCUGGUUGAAGGCGCUGGAGCAGCAGGUGCAGUCCCUGGUGGAGCGAGGGCUCAUCCGCAUGGAGCGUUCCGAGUCCGGAUCCGUGGACCUGAACGUCAUCCAUGAGGCAGGAAACGCACAACUACCUCAAACUGUCAUAGGCGAGAUUGCUCAGGAAAACGUUUGUGUGAGUGACUCCUGUGCAAAAUCGCAACCUUCGCCUCCAGCUCCGCCCCCACUGCCGGGCCCUGCCCCUCCCCCACCACCUCCUCCUCCACCGCCGCCUCCACCUCUGAACACCUCCAGCACACGUAUGAAGGAAAAGAAACCGAUCCAGACGAAAUACCGCAUGCCACUUUUUAACUGGCAGGCGCUGAAAGACGAGCAGGUCGCUGGAACCGUCUUCACCGAACUGGACGACGAAAAUGUCCUAGCAGAGCUGGACAUGGAUGCUUUCGAGGAGCUCUUUAAGACGAAAGCCCAGACUCCUCCCUCCUGCGGCAGCACGCUGAAGAUGAAAGUGGCGCGCAAGUCUUCCAGUAAAAUCUCUCUGCUGGAGCCGAACCGCGCCAAGAACCUGGCCAUCACUCUGCACAAAGGAGGCAUGGACGCCAAGAAGAUCUGCACCGCCAUUGAGACGUAUAACCUAAAGGAAUUAAGUCUAGACUUUUUGGAGCAGUUGGAGCAUUUCAUUCCCUCCGACCACGAGCUGAAAUUGAUACAGAAUUUUGAGCAUGAUGGACGAUCCGUCCAGGAGCUCUCUGAGGAAGACCGUUUCAUGGCCCAGUUUGGGAAAAUCCCGCGACUCGGCCAGCGAAUCAGCACGCUCACGUUCAUGGGGAACUUCAGAGAGAGAGUCCAGCUUCUGCAGCCGCAACUGAAUGCCAUCAUCGCUGCAUCCAUGUCAAUUAAAUCCUCCAAUAAAGUCAAGAAGAUUCUGGAGAUCAUUCUUGCAUUUGGGAACUACAUGAACAGUGGAAAGAGAGGUGCUGCGUACGGCUUUCGCCUCCAGAGCCUCGAUCAGCUGUUGGACACGAAGUCGACGGAUCGCAAACAGACACUGCUGCACUUCCUCGUCAGCACCAUACAGGAGAAAUUCCCACUAUUACACACCUUUCAUACCGAGCUGCAAUUUAUGGACAAAGCAGCAAUGGUCUCUCUGGACAGCAUUUUAUUAGACGUGCGUGCCCUGGAGGCAGGAAUGGAAGUGGCCCGGAAGGAGUUUGAAGAACAGAAAGACAAUGUCAUCCUAAGGGACUUCCUGUCCGACAACGGCAGUCUCCUGGACUCUGUGGUUAAAGAUGCUAAAACCGCUCAGGAGGUGUACGAGGCAGUGGUGGAGUACUUUGGCGAGAAUCCCGCAACCACUCCGCCUUCCAUGUUCUUCCUAAUGUUCAUCAGGUUUAUUAAAGCUUAUAAGAUGGCUGAACUGGAGAACGAGCAAAGGAAGAGAGAGAGUUUCAUCGGAGGUGACGAGAGAAAAGAGGCAGCCAUGACAGAUGCGGGCAAAAUGGGAGGCAAGGUGCCCAUGGCGCCCCUGUUGGCGCAGGUGGAUCUGAUAGCGGAGCUGAAGCGAAGACAGGUGUCCCCCCUCGUGCGGGAGGGCAAGGACGGCACUAUUGAGGACAUCAUCACAGGUCUGAGAAAUCAGCCCUACGUUAGAGCCGAUGGAGGAAGACGCAGCAACAGAUGGAAAACGUCACAGAAACUAAAAGUGUCUUCGGAUAUCUCUCUCUAGCACAAACAUGCAGAGAAUUCGUCUUGAAUUGUGAUUCAUGUGUAAUAAAACACAGUUUAGAUGUACUGUAUGGUCCGUAAUCAAGAUUUCAGUUUCAGGUCAUGCGUGCCCUAUACUUCUGAUGUACAUUAGCACCAAAUCUAUUUUCUAUGAUAUGUUUUCUUAUGUAAUGGAUGGAAGGAAUAGGUCAUUUCAUAUUGGGUACUGUUGCUUGAUGUACAUGUAACCUAAUUAAAUAAAUCAA